AUGCAAAUGCUGGAGGAUUCUGAGAGAGAGUUGGCUGCGAGAUUGGAGGUGUCGCGGGAUGCGCCCAUUUGGAAACGAUUCUUCAAGCGUGUCGCUCUCUGGCUUAGGAAGUGGAUCACGGAGCCGAUCGCGACGGGGUUCAGAUUUGUGCAUCUCGUGAUCCUUUUUGCGCCUUUGAUUUUGGGUAUUCCCUUUAUUUUCCUUGGGUACAGAGUCAAGGAAAAGGAUAAUGAAAGAUUGGGAGCGUUGUGGUGGUAUGCAUUCUUAGUGAAGCAGAUGGAGAGGGCUGGACCAACAUUCAUCAAGCUUGGACAAUGGGCCGCUUCACGAACAGAUAUUUUCCCGACGCAGUUUUGUGAGCUUAUGAGUAAGCUUCAUUCUAAUGCUGCUCCUCAUUCCCUUCACGCCACGAAGCGCAUCAUCACAGAAGCGUUCCAUGGAAUGAGGUUUGAGGAUAUCUUCGAAGAGUUCCACGAUAAGCCUCUUGGUGUGGGGGCUAUUGCACAGGUUUACAAGGCAAAAGUCAGGCCAGACCUGCGCCCCCCACAAGCAGAUGAAACUGAUUCAUUCCGCGAUCGUUUCACCCCACUAAUCAUCCAAAGCCCGCACAAGAUCCCCUCCGAUUACGUUGCCAUCAAGGUCUUGCACCCAGGUGUCGAAAAGACCGUUGGACGAGACCUCCGCAUCAUGUCAUUCUUCGCCCGUGUCAUCAAUGCAAUUCCUACCAUGGAGUGGCUCGACUUACCGAACGAAGUUGAGAAAUUCGGGGAGAUGAUGCACUUGCAGCUCGAUCUGCGUAUCGAAGGGGUAAACCUCGCCACGUUCCAGGAGAACUUCAGGAAGAGGCAAACUGUUGCGUUUCCCAGUCCCUAUCAGGCCUAUGCUACAAGAGAGGUGUUGAUUGAGGAGUUCAGCCAGGGUGUGCCGUUGGGGUUGAUGUUGGAUAUUGGAGGUGGUGCGUAUGAGGUUGAGAUUGCGGAUAUGGGUCUGGAUGCUUUCUUGCACAUGCUUCUUCUUGACAACUUUAUCCAUUCUGAUCUCCAUCCUGGCAACAUCAUGGUCCGGUUCUUUAAGCCUACGACGGUUCACCUCACUCCGAAACUCUGGAACAAAUUGUUCGGGCCAAGUCCAGACCCGAAUGCAAAGCCACCAGCAAUUGAGCCUAUCGAUGAUGCGGUGCAACGCCUCAUGCCUCUUAGGCAUGACAAAGAAGCCUGGAACGCAGAGUUGGAUCGAAUGUAUGCGGAAGGAUAUCGUCCACAGCUAGUGUUCAUUGAUACCGGGCUGGUCACCGAGCUCAACGACAUAAACAGACGGAAUUUCCUGGACUUGUUUAAAGCUAUCGCUGAGUUUGAUGGACAUCGUGCUGGUGUCUUGAUGGUCGAACGCUGUCGUCAACCAGACGCGGUAUUAGACCCCGAUGUCUUUGCACUACGAAUGCAGAACCUCGUUCUUGCGGUCAAAAAACGCACAUUUGCGCUCGGAAACAUCAAGAUCGGCGAUAUCCUGAACGAAGUUCUGUCUAUGGUACGAACCCAUCAUGUGCGUAUGGAGGGUGAUUUCGUCAAUGUGGUCAUAUCUAUCUUGCUGCUAGAGGGUAUCGGAAGACAGCUCAACCCCCAACUUGAUCUGUUCAAGAGCGCUUUACCUAUGUUAAGAGAAGUUGGCACACAGAAAGGCACCAUGGGAGGAAUGAUGUCGGAUGAGACGAGUGGUAUGCUUACGUGGUUGAAGGUUUGGGUCGGUCUGGAGUUCCGAUCUUUCUUGUCGACGUCAGUUUCCGAGGUUGAACAUCUGGUAGCUCAUGACCUCAUUGCACCCAACAUCUAA